GACAUGAGGGCCUGGCUCGCAAUCUCCAUUCUAGUUCAUCCCUAAGGUGUUGGAUAGGGUUUAGGUCAGGGCUGUCUAUUUGUUUUACGUAUCCUACUUUGUAGAGAAGCCAUCUGUGCUACAGAGCAGCAAUAUAGAGCUGGUCGUGAUCCAAAGUCUAACUCAGGGACACCUAGCAGAGAGAACAUAUGUAGUCAGAGGUGCUUGAACCCACCCUGUCAAAGAAUGAUGUCCAUCCAUUCAAUUUAUACUCCUGAAGCCAUCAUAGAAGAAAUGUGUCAUUGUCUUCAGUCAGUGAGGACACUCAGAGAACCACAGUCAUCGACAGAGUGGAGGGACAGCAGGAGGUUAGCUAUGAAACUGUUUCCUGUCCAUCCGAUGUUUUGCUCUGUUUUGCUGGUUUUGUGGACUUCACAAAGUGAUUCUGUUUCAACAGUAACAGAGGCCAACAAUCCAGAGGUCUGUCAAGAGGAGGUGUUGUUAACUGAUGAAUUGUCUCCACUGAAUUCUUCAGGGGAUGAUAUAGAGGAGGCUGCGUUGGAGGAUAACUUUCUCUGUGUCCUUUAUCCAACAAAUACACUCAACUGCUCCUGGUCAUUCCACACUUUACAGAAGGAUACUCAGCUCUCUGUCUAUAUCAGUAUUUGUGAUGGCGAAAGUGCAGUUCACUCUCGGAAUCUGUCUGCAGAAAGAGUCGGAUCAAGCACUUUGGUUCUACCCGAGUAUCAGAUGUUAUUCGUAGUCAUCCAUUUUAACGUGACCUUGCAUGACAUGUGGACAGUCUACGCGUACAAAUACAGCAGGGAUAUGCUAGAGGUCCUGCCUCCACCCCAAAACAUCUCUGCAUUAGUCAAAGAUGGAAGACUGUUGGUGACAUGGAGUCUGCCCCAGAGUUGGGAAAAGGUCAACUCCUUUUGCUUCGAAUACCAGCUGGACAUAGGUGAUCAGGGAAGUCCCAAAAACUUGAGCGACCAUCUGUUUUAUACCGAGCCGAAUGUAGAUCCCAGCCGCACCUACAGAGUAAGGAUAAGGACGAGAAAGAAUAAUCACUGCAUAUCAAAUCUUCUAUGGAGUGACUGGAGUCAAACUGUCACGGUUGAACAGACAGGACAGAUAAUCAAACUCAAUGCUAUGGUGAUCGUUUCAAUUUCCCUUGGAAUACCCAUGAUCCUCUUGGCUGUGCUGCUGUUGGGGCUCUAUCAGAGGGUGACUAAGGUUCUGUAUCCUCCGAUUCCUCGCCCCCCGCCAAAGUACAAAUCUUUCCUGGAAAAAAGUGACAUGUUCAAUUUCUUUCAUCUUCCAUUGUCAGCUGAGCCUGAUGCAGAGAUAACAGUGGUGGAGGACACAGAGCAAAACCUUGGAAAGAAGUUUUAAAAGUACUAUAGGAAGGACAUAUUCAAAUUUAAUUUUGCGGUUUUAUGUCACUCAUGUCUUUUGAAGGUGCCAUAUCUAAAAAUGUGAAGCAAUUUACAUGUAUUUAUCAGCUUGUAUUGCCAAAGUGUGAAUGGAUUGUAACAGAACUUUAAAAAUUUGACCUUCCCCGACUUUCUCGGUUACCCAUGAAAGACUUAGUGCUGAUUUCCAUGGAAACAACAGAUGUGACGUUAAUGCGUGCUCCGGAGUACCUUCACUUCUGAGCUGCAAAGCAUGUGAAAUAUACUGUGAUAUUGUUUCAGCUGGCCAAUGUUAACUAAAGUUAACUUGCUUGGUAACGCAGAUGAAUUGCUAGCUAGCUAACAUACCAAAAUACUGUAUUGAUCAAGUGGGCUCUCUGAGGUCCAAGCUGGGUUACUUUAGCUCUAUUCCUUUUCUUAAUGGGGCAACUGCUCGCGGUGGCAGUGAUCAUCUCAAGGUCCACUGCAUUUAAACCAAUCCCAUCAUUUUCAGACAUCGUUGAGCCCGAGUUAAGUCCAGCAUAUAACAAGUUUGGCAGCCAGCUGGCCAACCCCAGUUUAGGUUACUGACUGCGUGGUCUGGUGCUGGUUGCUUUGUGGCACAGAUCACAUUAAUUCAGCGUUCAGUCUCAUGCAUGUCAGGUUACUGUUUUGGUCGAUACCCAGGAUGAUGCUCGCUCACACCCCCCUGUGUGAGUGCGAGCAACAGAAUGCUGUUCAGUUAAUGGCCACUGGUGACAUUGACAACAAGGAUUUUCUGAUAUUACACAUAAUGUAGAAACUUCACGUUAUGUGACACUUAAAUUUUAGGACAUGUAAAAGUGUACCAAUAUGAUAGCAAGACAUACCGCGUAUAUAUAUAUACACUGUAUAUAACCAAUAAGGAAGGAUUUUUGUCAUGUAACGACAUGUGAAUUUCUGUGAAUGUGAAUGUCCAUUAAUGAGUUCUGAUGAAAUACACUUGCUCUGCCUGAACUAGCCAGAUGGCUGGUCUUGUAAGUUUAGUGCUUGUUCAAAAUGUGCAGUUUGAGUUCAGCUUGGACAAGAGUUGCAGACUGUGGACUGGUAGCUGGAAAGGUGCCAGUUCACCUCCUGGGCACUGCCUUGAGCAGGCUCCUGAACCCCCAACUGCUCACACUGACAUUUCUCCAUGGAUUGUUGUUAUAGGUCAUGUUUGUGCAUGUGUGUGUAUUUCAGACCUGUGUGUGCAUAAUAAUAAAAAUAACUACAGAGUGAAAAAA